GAGCCGUUAAAUUUAGCCUGUAGCCCGGCGUCUCUGGUCCCUCUAAGUCUGGGCAGCGAAGAUGGGCGAGAAGGACGUGCUCUGAUAACAGGAAGGGUCCUACUUCUUAACACUGACACUUAAUUCUGAGGGAGAAAAUGAACUUCUGAAAACGAAGGCUUCUGUGAGAAUAGAAGCUUCUCUCUCUCCUCUGUCUGUCUGUCUGUCUGUCUCUCUCUCUCUCUCUCUCUCUGUCUCUCCCCCCUUCAUUCUCUGUGCAUCUCUGUCAGCUUAGUAGCCGAGCAAAAGGAGCCCUCCAGCUUCUCACUGUACAGUGCCUCCAGCUUCCCUCACUGUACAGUGCUUCCUGCAUGAUCUCAAUGCUGGGGGGGGGGGCGGCAAGAGGGUGGGAAGAGCUGAAUAAAUAAAAGGAAGAGUGCAAAGCCCUUCUGGUGUCAUGGUGUCCGCUUUGAGCAGCUGACGUUGAAGACAACCUGGAUCUCCCCGCCUGGCAGUGUCCUUCAUCUGGAUCCAGUGUGAACAGGGUACCAUGAGAUCCAGAUGCAGUGUGGAUGACCCCCCGGGUGACAUCAAGGCCGGUGUUCCCUGCCUGGCCGGUGACAUCCACGCGCACGAGGAUGGGAAGCUCAACAGUGAUUCUCGACAGGAGACGGAGGGAGAGACGGAGGUCUCAGGGACCCUGAAAUUACCCCAGAAGUCAUCCCUGCUCCCCAGCCAGAAACAUGGGCUGAUGGAUCUUUCCAAAGAAGACCUCGUCCGUUUCCUGGGAAAUAUGGAGGGAGAAGUCCAGGCCCGAGAUGACAUCAUCCAUAUCCUGACCUCUCAGCAUGCCCCACCUGAGGCCCUAGAGAACCGCUAUGCGUCCGCUGGCCACCUGGAGGCGCUGCAGGCGCUGCACCGAGACGGUUUCCUGUCCAACCCCAGGCGUCUCGGAGAUCAGGUGUAUGAGAAGCCAAUGGCUGAGCUGGAUAAACUGGAGGAGAAGCACCGCGAGACGUACCGGCGCAUGCUGGGCCAGCUGCUGCUGGCAGAAAAGUGCCACAGGCGCACCGUCCUGGAGCUGGACAGCGAGAAGCGGAAACAUGUCGACUAUAUGGCCAAGAGCGACGACUUCACCAACCUGCUGGAACAAGAGAGGGAGAGAUUAAAACGUUUGCUGGAGCAGGAGAAGUCCUACCAGACCCGGAAAGAGAGGGAUCAUAGCAAGAGGCUGGAGAAGGUUAGGGCGGAACUGGUCAAACUCAAAUCCUUUGCCCUGAUGCUGGUGGAUGAGCGCCAGCUUCACAUCGAGCAAAUUGACCAGCAGAGCCAGAAGGUGCAGGGCCUGGUCCAGAAGCUCCAAGACAAGGAGCAGAAGCUGAGUCUGCUGAAUCGAAGGGCGAAGGAAGACGGCCAGAAGGCGGCAAGGCUGGAGGCUGAGCUGGAGAACAGAGCAGCCAGGUUCGGGCAGGAGCAAGAAGAGAUGACCGCCAAGCUGGCCAGUCAGGAGUCCCAGAACCGGCAGCUGCGGCUGAAGCUGGCUGGCCUGGCCCGCAAGAUCGAGGAACUGGAGGAGAGCAACACGAUGCUUAAGAAGUCUGAGGAGGAGCUUCAAGAGUUCCGAGACGAAAUCAGCAAGGGGGAGUGCGGUGACGCCAGCCUUGUGGCGGAGCUGGAGAAGCUACGCAAGACGGUAAUGGAGAUGGAGGGCAAGGACGAGGAGAUCACGAAGGCGGAGAACCAGUGCAGGGAGCUGAGGAAGAAGCUGCUUGAGGAAGAAAGCCACAGCAAGGACCUUAAACUCGAUGUGGAGAAGCUCCAGAAGAGGAUGACUGAACUGGAGAAACUGGAGGGGGCCUUCAACGUGAGUAAGAUGGAAUGCUCACAGCUGCACGCCAGCCUGGAGAAAGAAAAGAACUUGUCAAAAGAGCUGGCAGGAGAACUGGAACUGGUGAAGAGUCGUGUGAAGGAGCUGAAGAGUUCAGAAUCAAGGCUGGAAAAGGCAGAGGUGAGCUUAAAAGAUGACCUUACCAAGCUCAAGUCCCUUACAGUGAUAAUGGUGGAGGAGAGGAAAAACAUGGCCGAAAGAAUCCACCAAGAGGAGAAGAAGAGCUAUGAUUUGAAUAAGAUGUUUAAAAUUGAGCAAAGCAAGGUCAUGGAGGUCACAGAAAAGCUCAUCGAGGAGAGCAAGAAGCUGCUCAAGCUAAAGUCGGAGAUGGAGGCAAAGGUCUCCUCUCUCACUAAGGAGAAGGGUGAGCUAAAGACCAAGCUGGCAAGUGAAGAGGAGAAGUGUAAAGAUCUGAACUCACAUGUCAGUUUGAUGAAACAGAGGAUAGAGGGAAUUGAGGAGGCUGAAAAGGAAGCUUCACGAAGCAAGAUGAAGAUGGAGCAUGGGGAAUGCUCAGAUUCUUCGGACCAAAAUGACAACCGGGUUAAGGAACUGACCUUGGAAAUUGAAAGGUUAAAGAACCGCCUUAAACAGCUCGAAGUUGUGGAAGGAGACCUGAUGAAGACUGAGGAUGAGUAUGAUUUGCUAGAGAAGAAAUUCCGGACCGAACAAGACAAAGCUAACAUCCUCUCCCAACAGCUGGAAGAGAUGAAGAGCCAGAUAGCGAGGAAUAAAGCGAUAGAGAGAGGAGAGGCCGUGAGCCAAGAGUCGGAGUUACGGCAACGCUGCAAGAUGGAAGAGGCAAAGACCAGAGACCUCCAGGUGGACGUUUUGGCCCUCAAGGAGAAGAUUCACGAGCUGAUGAACAAGGAGGACCAGCUCUCCCAGCUGCAGGUGGACUAUUCUCUCCUUCAGCAGCGGUUAGUGGAAGAGGAGAAGAAAAGGACAAGCAUGAGUCACCAAGUACUCAACCUCACGAAGGAACUGGAGGUCACGAAACGCUACAGCCGUGCCUUGCGGCCCAGCAUGAACGGCCGGAGGAUUGUGGACGUUCCCGUGACAUCGACCGGAGUGCAAACAGACAUGGCGAUCAAUGAGACCUCCGAGGAGGAGAGCCCUGCGCUGUUCAUCAGGAAAUCCGUCCAGGAGGAGAACCAUAUUAUGAGCAACUUGCGGCAGAAGGGUCUAAAGAAGCCAGUGGAGAGACCACCUGUGCUGGAGCGUUACCCCCCUGCGGCCACCGAAGUGACUAUGAGGAAGUCCUGGAUCCCCUGGAUGAGGAAGAAGGAUGGAGUGACACACAGCAGCCCCGAGAAGCCGGUGCACACCAAUGGAGAGCCAUCCCACUCUGAGCUGACAGUGUCCCAGAAGCAAGGCCAGCCUCUGCACAUUCGGGUGACUCCCGACCACGGGAACAGCACAGCCACCUUGCAGAUAAGCAGUCCUGCCAAGGACUUCUUCUCCAGCACCACCGUCAUCCCCACUGUGGGCCUUCAGAAGCCUCGUAUCACCAUCAUUCCCAGUCCGUCCACCAUGUCCCCAAGCCAAAAGGCUGGUGAGAGCUCCCGGGGUCCAGAGAGGGCGAAGUCUCCGGUCACCAUAACUACCAUCUCCAGGGCUAAAUCACCUGAGGGGAAGAAGGCAUCUUUGUGUGAAAGACCCACCUCCCCAGUCUCCAUCAUGACCCUCAGCACCUCUGCCAUGCCUGACCUCUCGAGCUCGCCGGAGUCGCAGGAAAUGACGAUGGGACGUGCAGUGUUCAGGGUGACGCCCGAGAAGCAGACCGUGCCCACGCCCAUCAGGAAAUACAACUCCAAUGCCAGCAUCAUCACCACCACGGAGGACAACAAGAUCCACAUCCACCUCGGGGCCCAGUUCAAGAGGCCCCCGGAAACUGGAGGCCCCACUAUCACCGUGAUGGCCGAGAGCAAGGAGGCAGCCACCGGCACGGUGCUGCGUUCCCCCCGGCACUGCGCUGCAUCCAAGACGGCAUCCGGCAAGGUGACAAGCAGCAUCAUGAUUACACCUGUCACCUCUGCACCUUCCAGACAAACACCAUCCCUGGAGGGGCAGCCUCCGAGGGCGACGCCCACCCGCAUCCCCAUGUCCAAGGGCAUGAAAAGCGCCAAGGUGGCCGUUGGACCCCCCAGCAUCUCCACCGUGACGAAGGUGGAGUCACGGGUUGAUGGCCAGUCGAUGAAGAUUGAACUGAAGAGGUCCACCACUGGCAUCUCUGCCCCUCCCACAGGAGGAAAGGGCUGAGGACCCUUUAUAUUUUAUUUAUGUGGGUUGUGCUGGUUGAGGAACCUGAUCUACCUCCCCUUGGUAGCUUAUUAGAAAACAGGGAAUCUACUGUACCAUGGGCUGGAAGACCCACCUCUCCUUUACCUGCUCCUAUGACAGGAACAGGGAGACCCACCUCUCCUUUACCUGCUCCUAUGACAGGAACAGGGAGACCCACCUCUCCUUUACCUGCUCCUAUGACAGGAACAGGAAGUGAGCCACCAGAAGUAUCUAUCAAGCUGUUCAAGGAGUUAUGGACAAAAUCAUAAAAAGCUUGUCUGUCUUAAUAUAAGUCCAUGACUCAAGGUAUUUUUUAAAUGGAGGGUUUUUCUUUAGCAUGUUGUUUUUUGGCUUGCAUCCAUGACUUGUCUCACAAGGGGGCCUUUGCUGCUUGAUGUUUUUGUAUCACUUUUUUGAUAUAUUGUACACAAUCCAUUGUUUCAUAUGACAGAGAAUAAAGUUUUUAAGAAUUUGAAAAAGUUA